AUGGCUCAGCAAACUUCCCUUGCGUCCAACAAUCCCCCUGCCGACGAUCCUCCUGACAUCGUCGUUGAGACCAUGUCUUCACCCUCGCUUGGCAAUUCGUCUAACGUUGCUGCCGACAAGUCUGCUGACAAGCCCACUGACGCCGUCAUGACCUCUCCCUCGACCAACAACUCGUCUAACGCUGUCGCCGCUGACAAGCCUACCGACGCUGUCAUGGAGACCGCGUCUUCCCCUGCAGAUGGUACUUCGUCCAACAACGUCACCUUCGACAACCACUCCGACAUUGCCAUUGAUGCCAUGUCCUCUCCCAUGGUUGGCAACUCGUCUGACGCGGUCGCUACCAAUGAGCAAUCUGACGUGGUCAUGGAGACCAUGUCUUCCCCUGCGGUUGAGAUCUCAACCAACAUCGCCACCAUCGACAGCCUUGAGGAUACUGUCAUCUCGAACAUGUCAUCUCCUUCAAUUGGCAACACUUCCAACAUGGCCAUCCCCGACAACCUUUCUGAUGUCGUCAUUGAGAUCGCUUCCUCUCCGUCGACUGGCAAUUCGCCCAACUUGGCCACCGCCAACAACUUGGCAGACGGUGUCAUCUCGGUCGUGUCUUCUCCCUCAGUUGACAACUCCUCCGACAUUGCCAUCGCCGGCGACUCUCCUGAUGCAGUCAUUGAGAUUAUGUCUUCCCCUUCGGUCGACAGCUCUUCCAACGUUGCCAUCGCCGACAACGCUUCCGACGCCAUCAUUGAGAUCACGUCUUCCCCCUUGGCUGCCGACAACUCGUCCGACAUCACUCCCAGCACUACCAGCCUCCACCGCCUCCCGCUUGCACUUGUCGGUAUCGGUCCGAACGCGGACGCCCAUGCGCGCCGCCCUGGCUACCCUGCCUUUGCCUUCGUCAACAAAGAGGCCUUCCACGCCUUUCUCAAGGCCUACACUCGCAUUGACAAGCAUCCCAACGAUCCCAUUGUCUACCAUCCUGAUCUCAUUGACCCUGUCGAUAUGCAGGACUACGAGUUUGCCGAGGCGGCUUUCCUUGCUCCCGGUGUUGAUUGUAUCUAUAUCAACCCUCGUACCGAUGAGGUUUCUCUUGGCUAUAAGACCGACAUUCCCGGCCCCGCCUUCUAUCCCAGCUUCAUCAAUCCCAACCUUGGACACGAAAUCAACUCACAGCUCAAGAUGGUGCGCAUCGUGAUGGAAGAUUUCCGCGGUUGGACCGACGGACACGACUACCCGCUUCUCUACCACAACUUCCUCAACAAGAAGCCCGUCGCCAGCAUCGACGUGAGCCAGCUCAAGUACCCCAACAUCAACCAGAUCACCGUGAUCUUCCGUGGCCUUGAGAAUGAGUGGAAGGGCGACAGCAACAACUACGUUGUCAACUACAACGUCGCCACCAACCGCGUCUUUGUCGACUACGACCGUGAGAAUGCCGAGGAGAUGGUCGAGGAGACCUUCCGUCUCGAGGUGCAGAAGGUGUACGAGACUCAGUCGGAUGAGAUGGUCGUCGCUACGGAGCCGGAUGGAAACAACGAGGAGGACGAUAAGGCGAUCCUCUCGGUUCGGAUCAUCUUCCAUCGCGACUCGGACAAGGACUACGGUCCCUACCUCCUCGAGCCCUUCGAUCUCGAGGAGAUCCUCGAUCCGGAGGACUUGACCGACGACGGUCGGAUGGAGAGAAUCUUCUGGGAGAUCGCCGCCACCGCCGUCAAGGAGCGCCUCGGUGCUUAA